CGAUGGCCAUCCCAACUCUUGCCCUGGUGAGUUCUCUGUCCGCCUCUUUUACAUCAACACGGGGAAAAUGAAACUGAAGUUUCAGCCGCAGCCCCUGUAAGGAAUGGCAGGGAGGGACUGACAGCGAACCGUAUAACGGCACUGCUCCAUAGGCAGAGGGGAUCUAUACUCCACCAGCGAACAGCUCCACAGUGGGAAAGGCCUUCCGUUUGGUCACAUUUUCUGCAAAAGGGAGAUUGGUUGUAGUUCAUACCAGGAUGAAAGUUGCUGGAUUUCACCCCUGCUCUGUAGCACAGGCGUUUAUGUUGAUUUAAGAGCGGUGUCAGCCAUUCCAUUGUAAAGAUGGAUUACAAUACAGCUCCUUUGAAUGACUGGACAGUAGACCAUGUUGCACAGUGGCUUCAAUCAAUACCCAUCAAUAAGAAGUAUAUUGACAAGCUGGUACAAGAGGAAGUAUAUGGGGCAGUGCUAAUCGAAAUUGAUGGGACAUUUUUAAACAAGAAUAUUGGCAUGAAACAAGGUCCAAUCAAGUUACUUAUAAAACAGAGAGAUGACAUAGUUUUAAUACAUAACAAAGCUACUGCUGGUUUGCCUGAGGAAAGUUCACAGGAUAAAUCUAGAUCAAAUGCAUCCAAGAUAUAUCCAGAUUUCAUUACAACUCUUUUGAAUGACUGGACAGAAGUUCAUGUUGCACAGUGGCUUCAAUCAAUAGCUAUUAAUAAGAAAUAUAUUGACAAGCUGUCUGAAGAAGAAGUAUGUGGUCCAGAACUAAAAGUUAUCGAUGAGGACUUUUUGAAGGCUAUUGGCAUGAAACAAGGCCCAAUCAGUUUACUGAUAAAAAAGAGAGAUGAGUUAGUCUUAAAACAUAUUGAUGCUACUGCUAGUGUGACUGAGAAACCUAAUGAUGCUGCUACAGUUGGUUUAAGUGAAAAACAUAAAGAAGCUACAGCUGAGAAAAAUUCACAAGUUAAAUCGGACCAAAAUGUUCAGAAUGACAAUCCAUGUACACAGGAAACAAAAUGUACUUCUCAUUCAGAAGGACCAGAGAUCACAUCUCAGACAGAAAAUAGACAGCACAGUACAAACCCCAAACUUCUCAGCUCUGUACAAAUUCCAAACUUGGAUAAGGCACAAGCUGAAGUGAGUUCUGCAAAUAAACGUAAGUCUGAGAAAGACAUGCGCAGCAUAAAAUCGGAAUCAAUAUCUGUGACUAAUUUCCGACCAUUUAAUAAAGAAGUAAGAGAUUUCAAGUAUGUAAAAACACAAGUUCUUCCACCAGAAACGGGAGUAGAAGACCUUAUUACACCAUGCCAUGAAUACAAGUCACUAGAUAAUGCAUCAAAGAUGGAUCGUGUCAGACUACAGGCAAAGUUUGCUUUUGAGGUUAUCCGAUUUGCCUGUGCCUGUAUGAACAUGCGAACAAAUGGCACAAUACAUUUUGGGGUAAUGGACAGUGUAGAAGGCAAGGGAUAUAAACAUGGGCAGAUCAUUGGCAUUCCAGUUCAUGACCAGGACUGGUAUGUAGAUAGUUUGGACUACAUUGAGAAAUGUUUUAAUAAAGGUGAACACAAUGCAGCAAGAGCCUGCAUUCGCCCCCCAAAAUUCAUUGAGGUCAUUGGUAAAAAUUCAGAGGAACAACGCUUUGUUGUUGAAGUUGACAUUGUGCCUCAUUCACUUUCUGUCAGAGGAAAAGUGUUCCAAGUAAGUUUACCAAAGUUCAAUGAAAAAAGCAAUAAAGUUAGCCAAGAAAAAAAAUCUUAUUACCGGAGAGUAGGAGCAAAGUCCGAGCCUAUUCCAGAUGACGAUUUUGUUAUGUUUAUCCAGGGGCUACAAGAGGUUGAUGCAAGAAGAGAGAGAGCAGAAUCAGGAUCUCUUUGUGAACGCUCAGUUCCUGAAAACCUUACCAAAAAAAUAGAUUUACUAACUGGAGGUAAAGACUAUAUGGAUGACACCUUAUGGUAUAUACUGGUGACCAAUAAAUGUGAAGAUCACCACCUGACAAAUCUCAGCUUCAUUAUGCGCUUAAAAGUUUUCUGUGUGUUUGACUUUGAUGCCAACUCUGAUGAGACAGGAUUGUGUGCUAUAUACAAAGAGCACCAUGCAAGGAACAUCCAUUCGUUAACCCACUAUGCUAAUGAGAGUGGAAUAAGUACAAGUGAGCUAAGGAAGUCGCUAGGACUCUUUGAUCAGACUAGUUGGAUAUUUUGCAAUGGAAACAGCAAUUACCGAGGGGGAGAUGAACCAUGCGAUGAGAACACUUGGAUGAAGACUAAAAAGAAGCAUCUAAUGGAGGCAGUUUCUUUUAUAUGUAAAAACAUUCUUCCCAAAGGUUCUUUUGUCGUUGUUUUUUUAUUGCUUUCUCCAGUGGAAAAACCAAUUGUGGAUACUUUCCAUUGCUUUUAUGCACAGAUGAGUGGUAUGGAGGAUAUAAUUUGUGUUGCAGAAAAUAAAGAAUAUUAUGAAAAAUGGGCCAACCUAGCUCAAGCGUCUUGUGAAAUGGAAAUGCUGAAACAGAGGAGUAUUGUUGGCGUACAGCUGAGCCAUGUCAAUGCUACAGUCCAAACUAAGUUCCCUGGGAAUUCUGAUAGGAACUUGCCAGUUUCAUCCAAAGGACUGUGUGUGCUGGAAACACCUGCAGAGGAAAGGAUGCACUCACUAGAAAUACUGUGUGUGAAUGAAUGCAAUGACACUGAUCUAGACCUUCUGAGCAACACAGAAGUAAAAGAACUGGAAGGUACUUUCUAUCGUGGUGGUAAGAUCAGCUGGAAACAUUUGUGGCUUGCAGAACAGAAAAAAUGUGGAAAUUUUAUAGAGCGAGAUGCAUGUGAAAAAGUCCAAACCAUUUUAAAUGGAAUUCUACACGACAAUACUGUUAGACUACCAGUUGCCAGGAUAAAAAUAUUUCACCAUCCAGGGAGUGGAGGAAGUACAGUAGCUCGGCAAGUCAUGUGGAAAAACAGAAAUCUUUUAAGGUGUGCCAUUGUCAAGUCAUCACACCUCUUUUCCACAGUGAGUGAGCAUGCUGUAAAACUUAGAGAGUAUGAAGAAGACAAUCCCAAUCUGUGCCUACCUGUUCUUCUGCUUGCUGAGGAUUGUGAAGAAGAUUAUCUUGAUGACUUGAGACAUGAUUUAUCUGAAGCUAUGGUGUAUAAGAAAAUAGUUUGCUCAAAACCAUGUUUUAUUCUGAUGAGCUGUAAACGAUCAAAUGCGCCAGAAGAUGUUUUCAAAGCUUCACCUUCUGACACUGUUGCAAUCACUCAUAAGCUUAGCCCAAGGGAAAAAGAUGAAUUCUCAGCAAAAGCCAAUGAACUGAAAAAAGAGUUUCCAAGUUCAGAAUUUAUACUUACCUUUGUUCUUAUGAGCUAUGAAUUUGACGAACAGUAUGUGAAAGAUUUUGUGCAGAAUGUUAUGGAAGGAAUUGAUCAUUCAUCAGAUGUAACUCGGUUAAUGAGAUAUGUUGCAUUACUCAAUAGCUAUGUUCAAAAUUCAUUUAUUUCUGUGUCACAUUGUGAAGCUUUCCUUGGUCUUGGGGUUAGUGAAAAAAAUGAUCAUAGGACACUAAGGCAAUGCAAUUUUAAAAGUUACCUUUUUAAAAGUUCGCAAGCAAGACUUCUAUUCAUUGAGCUGAGGGAGAAAAAUACUUGGAUUUCUUCGAUUCAUAUUAUUCAUCCAAUAGUUGCUAAAGAAGUGUUAAAUCAACUUGCAGGAAUACGUUCCCAGAGUGACAUCGCUAAUGAUCUGCUUGAAGAAAAGGUCCUUUUCCAGCACAGAUUUGGGCGAGAUGAAUUCAUAAGAUCUAUUCGAGACUUGUUUUUAAGACGAAAUAGAAAAAGCAGAGGAGACAGUGAUGAUACUUUCUUUUCACCUCUGAUAGAACAUGUUUGCAAAAAGGAAAAGGAUAAGGAGAAGGCGGUUUUGCUUCUUAAAGCUGCAUAUGAAAGAUUUGACAAAAAUCCCUUCCUUGCGCAACAACUUGCUCGAUUGUACUACACACAUGAGAAAUUUGAAGAUGCUAAAAAAUGGGCAGAGAUUGCAAAAUCACAUUUGUCAGACAAUUCUUUUAUAUUGGAUACAGAAGGUCAAGUGUACAAAAAACAGUUUAAUGUGCUACUAGACAAAAAGCAGCAUGAUUUUACUCCUGAAGAAGUUAUAAAAUUGAUUGACAUUGCUCUUAAAUCUAUGGAGUGUUUUAGAGCAGCAGAAAAAGCAGCAAAAUCUGAAGUAGAUAGUAUGAAUAACUCUGGGUACCUUGGAGAAGUUGAUGUAGGAUGCAGAUUAUUACAGAUGCUUUCAUCACAGCCUGUUUUUUCCAAGAACAGUGGAACUGAACAUACAGAACUCUUGAACUAUCUAUUGACUGACUAUAUACCAGAGGAUAUAAAAGAGCCUUGGUUUAAACUUCAUGGACGCCUAAAAGGAUUGUACCAAAAUAUAUACAAUGCAUUAGAGUGGAUUGCAGAUGAUGUGGGUUACUUUCAGUCUGACAAAAUAGAUGAUGGAGAGCAACCAAACAGAGCAGAAGAACAUGUCUACAGUCCAAGGACCUGGCUACUAAGGAAAACUAAAGUGUUUGCAAAAUUUUUCAGCUCUGAGCUGUUCUACACUGAUGUCGGACAUGAAAGUCCAUUGGUCCAAAAGAUGAAUAUUUAUAAACUUGGUGGCGGUAGCACAGCAACAAUCAUUUCUAUUUUGUCUGAUCCAAAUGAUGAUAGAUCUAGUAAAAAGCUGGAAAAUAUUAUAGAUCUUUAUCCACAAGAUGUUGCUAAAGAUGGUAUGGAUGAUGUUAGUCUUGCAAACUAUAUAAUGUCACAUAUUGCAUUAGGAUGUGUAUGUCCUGGUUCUGUAAAACUUUUAUCAUUUCAGAAACUACGUGAACUAACUAAACGAUUUUUAAACACAAGGAAAUUAUUCCCACCAAGUGCCUACCUCUUAAUAUUCUUGCUUUACUGGCCGGAUGACCACAUUGAUGAGAAACCAGAUGCAAACAAAGAUAUCAUAUUAACAACUGCAUUAUACACAGCAAGGACCUUACAUGGAAAAAGAAUAAAAGAUGUUCCCGUCAGGAAGAAAAGAACAAAUGUGCUUUUUUUUCUUGGGAAAGGAUAUGGACUUCAGAAGAUCAUGCAAAGGAGUAAGAUUGAGAAGAAGAUUGCAGGUCCACUAAAUGAAAAGAGGAUGAAAUGGGACAAUGAUGUCUUAUCGAAAACUGAGAGUGUACACAGACUUGUACGAAAUGUACCUGGAUGGACAGAAAAUGGAAAGCUAUAUGCCGAGGGACAUUGCAAAAAAAACAAAAUUGAAAUCCUGCCUUUGAAUCCCUCAUCUGUGCCCUAUGGGAAUGAAAAUGUCACGUUCAUUUUGGGAUUUUCAUUCAUUGGAUUUGUAGCCUACAAUAUACAGGUGAAAACAUAAGUCAAAUGUUGAACGUUCAAUAUCGGUCUGUGGAUUUAUUUUACAGCCAUUAUACAACUGAAGACAAGCCAUUAAUGUAUUUUGUUUUAUGUGUGUCUGCCACACCCAUCUUUGUGUCUCACUCCCCCUGGGAUAUAGUGAAGUUUUAAACCAGUAAAGUUAAAGUGGGUGGUACCUAUAGAACAUUUUCUAUUGGCUGAGAAUUGCAGCAGUACAAACAACUCAACACAGCUAAGGACAUGUUCUGUGUGCUUGUAUACCCUAGUAAUGGUGAAGCAUAGUUGUCACUCUAGAGCAGAGGAUUAUGUCAAUAUGACUGAGGUACGUGUUUACAAGCAUGGAUGACCGAAAAAACCUGGGCUGUUAGGAUUCCUUGAGGACCAAGUUUGGGAAACACUGCUUUAUGGUUUUGCGGAUAUAUAAAAGUGCAUCUUAUGCUGCCCUGAAUGCUGAUUAUAAUUGAAGUUUUUAGCCUUUCUCACUACCCCCUUUUGCACUUAACCAAUCAGCAUUUGUGACUCUGCUGCCGAGUGAAAAUGUAUAGUGAUGCUGAUGAAGGGUUAUAGCCACUUUGAAAUGCUUUCUAUAUUAAACCAUUUUGCUAGUAAAUAUAUAUGAGGAUAAGAACUAAAAUCUAAUCAAGAUAUACAUAAUUUUCAAAUGAGUAAUGUAUUCUUAUGUACAAGUUACGCUUGUUCUACCUUGCAUGCAAUAUAUAAAUCAUCGCAUUUCAUUAUUGAAAUAGUGCCUGUUUUGCAUUGCUCUGACAGAAAUAUAAAAAUUGUUAAAUUUUUGGGACAUUUUAUGAGUUUAUGGAGUAUUUCAAAUCGUUCUCCUUCCAGAUAAAUGUGUUAUGCUAAAAUUAUUUUUUCAUAGAUUAAAA